AUGGAGGCAAACUUCUGGCUGACUGGGGGUCUUCUCCUUGCCGUGACUGCCGUGGGAUGGGGGAACUUGAGUCCCACCUACUUCAUCACGGCUCCCCGUGAGCUUCACAUUGGGUUGCCCACCACACUGUCUGUUGCCAACCUGGCCCCCUACACCAUCACCGUGACAACAGCGGUGCAGGGGGACGGAGGGGACACCCUGACCCAGGCCCAGGUGACCCUCCCUGGAGGUUCAACAGAUGUCAUUGUCAUCCCUCCCAUCUCAGCCGUACCCACAGGCCACAAGUCUUCAUUCAGCCUGGUGGUGAAAGGAUACCGAGACAUCAGGCUCCUGUUUACUGACAGAGCUACGCUGAAGCUCAGCCAAAACAAUUUGUCCACGUUGGUCUGGACCAACAAAGCCGUCUACAAGCCCAGCCAGACCGUGAAAAUUCAAGUGCAGUCUGUCAACGCCGACGGCACACCUUACGAGGGCACGCUGGACCUCGUCGCACAGGCAAAAAUAUCCAGAUUGGAUGGUGACUCAUUGACGGUGGAUGAUGGAGAAAAGAGUAUUAGUGGUGGUGGUGGUGGUGGUGUCCAUGUCAGUGUGACCCAGCUGAGAGGGGCCCGGCGGAGGCAACUUGAGGACUCAGGAGCCAGGGGCCGAGAUGAGGACAGAGAGGACUCGGGAGCCAGGGGCCGACACCAAGACAGAGAGGACUCGGGUGAACAGGAGAAACAGGAGGUGAUACAGGCGGCUGUGCAAACUAUCUCUCACACGCUGCCUCAGGACGGGAGGAUACCCAUCCAGUUUCACAUCCAGGAGGAGGCUGAGACCAUUGUCAUUCAGGUAACAUUCAAGUCAGCUGAAAAGACCCUGGUGUUACAUAGGACGUCAUCAUCGAGUGGCUCCUACAUGCAAGUGUUUCCACUGGAUCAGUAUCCACAGGUGACUUCCAGAGGACAGGCGGUGGCUGUCGGGGGACAGGAGUCCCCCUCAGUGCUGGUCACGGCCACCCUUCGCUGGGCUCCAGAGGCUUGCAUCACAGCCUUCACCCAGGGUCCCCCUGGAGAGAUCCUCACAGAGACCCUCAACCUGCCUCUCCUCCUCAGACAACAAAUGGCAGACGACAACCCCCUUACUUGGUCAGUGAGACUCCCUCCGAGUCUCAUCAAAGGAGAGGAGUUUAUUUUAGAAGUUCUGCUGUUCAGUCACCUCAAGCAAGACUCUGAGGUCACUGUUGCCAUUGAGAAGACCCAGAUGUUUGAGUUCAUCAGUGGCAGUGGCGGCUCGGUGCCCAACAAGCAGACACUGAGGGUAAAGGGUCUGGGGCAGGGAGGCAUGCUCUUCCCCAUCAGACCCCUGGUCCUGGGAGAGGUGCCAUUCUCCAUCCACGUGAUGUCCUCACAGAUACAGAACAACACCGUGGCCAAACUCACAGUGCUGCCUGAAGGCUAUCAGCAGGCCUUCUCCAAGACCCUAUUCCUGGACAUCCCACCUCGGAGAAGCAACUUGUCCAGUGAGAUAAGCUUCACAUUGCCGAGCGGGGUGGUGCCAGGCACCUCCAGGGCACAUGUGGCCGUGGCUGGUGACAUCUUGGCUCUGUCCAUUGCGGGUCUGGACUCCCUUGUUCAGAUGCCUGUUGGCUGUGGGGAGCAGAACAUGGUGCACUUCGCUCCCAGCGUUUAUGUGCUGCAGUACCUGAAGAACACACACAACAAUGAGGAAAUAGCCCAAAAAGCUUUGGCAGUCAUGAAGGAAGGGUACACUCGGGAGAUGCUGUAUCUACGAGAUGACGGAUCAUUCAGUGGAUUUGGACAAAUGGAUCCAUCUGGCAGCACCUGGCUGACCGCCUUCGUGCUGAGGUGUUUCCUGCAGGCCCAGGACUUCAUGGAGGUUGACCAGAGCGUGCUCUCCAAGGCGUUCACCUGGCUGGCUGGCCAGCAGACGGCCCAAGGAAGCUUCACUGAGCCAGGGAGGGUUCUUCACACUCAGCUGCAGCGGGGGCUGGAUGGCCCCGUGUCCCUCACUGCUUAUGUCCUUGUCACCCUCCUAGAGGACAAAACGGUACGGCUGGGUUUGUAUCCAGGUGGUGUGCUGAACGCACAGAAGUUCCUGGAGGAGGAGUUUACCAAUGGCAUCUCCAGCAACUACAGCCUCUCCCUGGUGGCCUACGCCCUCACACUGGCCAACAGCCCUAAGGCAAAACCAGCCAUCAAUGAACUGAUGGGAAGAGCGGAAAACAGAGAUGGCGUUGUGUACUGGACGUCAGGGGAGGGUGACCUGGCGGACGGGUGGCAGCCGCCCUCGGCGGGCAUCGAGAUGGCAGCCUACGUGCUGCUGAGCCUGUUCAAGCAGGGCAGCAUCGUGGAGAGCAUAGAGCUCAUGAAAUGGCUCAGCAGGCAGAGGGGACCCCUGGGAGGCUUUGGAUCCACACAGGACACCAUCAUUGCUCUGCAAGCCUUGUCCUUCUAUGCAGUCUUCAGUGGCUCAGAGGCAAUCAACCUGAACAUAAAGCUCGCGUCUAAAACCUCCCCAAUGGAGACGGGCUUGAAAGUCGAUUCCACAAACUAUUUAAGUCGCCAUCAGAAAGAGAUCGACAUGGACACAUCAGUUCAACUGGACAUCCUGCUGGAAGGAAAAGGUUUUGCAUUACUCCAAAUGAAUGUAUUUUACAAUUUGGAGAGCCUGGCCCUGUCACAGACACAAAAGCACGAGGCCUUUGGGCUGAGAGUAGAUGUUUCUGACGACGAGGCGGGCAUGGGACAUAUUCUACUAGCUGUUUGCACUAAACUGUUAGAUGGUCAGAGUGUCGAGCAGACAGGAAUGGCACUGCUGGACGUCCAGGUUCUCAGUGGCUUUAAGCUUCGUCAGAGCGGCGUAGAGACAAGCGACCUGGUGAAGAGAGUGGAGCUGACGCCUGGCAGAAUCGCUUUGUACCUGGACUCACUGGGGAAAACCGAAAAGUGUGUGCACAUCCCCCUCGUCAGAGAAUAUCGAGUGGCCCGAGUGCAGCCAGCGCUGAUCCAAGUGUUUGACUACUACGAACCUCGCCGGAGGGCGGUGAGGGUCUACCACUCCAAGGUGAUGCGUGACCUCACUGCGUGUAACUUCUGUGGGGACAACUGCAAUCAGUGCUGGGGAAAGGCAGACACAACCAGUGGCACCACAGCCAUCCACUCUACAGAAAACAUCAUCCAUGGUCUGGGUUGUUUACUGCUGUUACUCGUACACUGUAUGACCUUGAAGUAGAGUAGACUUUUGUUUUGUGAGAAAAUCUAAAUGUCUGACACAUGGUUCACCAUUCCCUUAUUGUUUGAAACGAGAAUGAUGGCACAAACACAAAGGAUGUUCACAGAUACUCUCGUUUCCAUUCAGUUACAUCUGGAAUUGUUUAGAUUUGAAAUGUAUAUUUGGAAUUGUUCUAGGACUAGGUCUCUGCAGAGUAGGCCUACUCAUCUCACAUUCUUAAUAUUGCAUAUUUUUUCUAUUGUUAACUGCCUGUAAAAAUGUGCCUCCAACUGUGCUAUAUGUACUCAGGUUUCUGUCAUAUUGUUGUUGCUGACACUGAUGCUACGGGUGAGGGCAUAUUUCCCGGUAUGACUAUGAUAUUUCACAAAAAAACAUUUGCCAGACCUGAGGGUAAAUUAGCUAGCUAGCGUGUUUGACUAGCUCGACAACUUUCAGAUGUCCAUGCUUUGGUAUUAGUAAUGUUUGAAUUGAUAGUAAUGUCUGAAAUCAAAAUGAGAUGAUCAUUUAGGUAUAAUUUGGACACAUAGGCCUAUUUUGUUGAUAUUAUCAGGGAAGCUGACCGGGGAAGACAAAAUGGUCAGUUGCCCCAGGCCCAGGGAGAGAGGGGGCGCAGAAUUGGGUCUUCAUUAUAUUGUAUGUAUUGGGUGGGGGUGUUUUCAGAUGACUUUGUUCUGGGCCAGGCCAAAGCUGUCAGUGGCCCCCUGGCUAUUAUUCUGUCAGUUAUUUCUGACAUUAUUUUGAGUUUAUGCACUAUAAUACUGAAGAAACAGCCAAUUGGUUGUGUAUGCAGACAUGUUGGGGACCACAGUCGGUGUAUUCAGUGAUUUGACAAGCUCAAACUCUCAGGUGGUCAAUCAAUGAAUCAGUCAAACUGCUCAUGCAUAGGAAGAUGGCAGUGCAAUAGCUGAUGUGGAAAAUUAAGUCUUUGAUCAAUGAGUAUUUGCAUGUAAAUGAUGUUUAUGUUCAUGCAAACCUUCAGAUCUGGACUCAAGGGGAAGCAAUUCAGUGUAUCUGAUGACAUAGAGUGGCAAUGUAUGGAGGGGAUGGGGGGAAUUCAAACUCACUUGGCACACAACACAGACAGCUGUUGAAUAAUGCUGGUAUUGUUAGUAAUAAACUGAUGUUUUUUUUUUUAAUUCCUCCGUCCAUCAAACAUCUAUUUGCUCUACAACAAUAGAUAUGCUCUUAAACACACAUCUGUUGUCCAUGACAUUGUUUUUUUUGCAUUAGACAUGCUUUCCAGAUUUUUUUGUGAAAUUACUGUCAUUACAUAAAUAGUACAUCUCCUCUCCAUUGAUGUGCUCAUGUGUCAAAUGUUAAGUGGGCAUUACUGUGACAUGAUAUUCCAAUAUUUAGACAUCUGUCAGACCUGCUCUUAUCUUUUGCUAAAAAAAUAAAUGAAAAGUUAAA